AUGGGGCAGUGCGUUCGGCCGGGCCCAUCAAGUGCAGUUGUGGGGUGGUGCGUUCGGCCGGGACCAUCAAGUGCAGUCAUGGUGCAGUGCGUUCGGCCGGGCCCAUCAAGUUCAGACGUGGUGCAGUCGGGAGGCAGUGCGUUCGGCCAGGCCCACCAAGUGCAGACGAGAGGCAGUGCAUUUGGACAGGGCCACCAAGUGCAGACGAGAGGCAGUGCGUUUGGACAGGCCCACCAAGUGCAGACGAGAGGCAGUGCGUUUGGACAGGCCCACCAAGUGCAGACUAGAGGCAGUGCGUUCGACCAGGCACAUCGACUGCAGACGAGAGGCAGUGCGUUCGACCAGGCCCAUCGAGUGGAGACGAGAGGCAGUGCGUUCGGCCAGGACCAUCGAGUGCAGACGAGAGGCAGUGCGUUCGGCCAGGACCAUCGAGUGCAGACGAGAGGCAGUGCGUUCGGCCAGGCCCAUCGAGUGCAGACGAGAGGCAGUGCGUUCGGCCAAUCCCAUCAAGUGCAGACGAGACGCAGCGCAUUCAGCAAGGCCCAUCAGGUGCAGAUGAGAGGCAGCGCGUUCGGUCAGCCCUAUCAAGUGCUGACGAGAGGCAGCGCGUUCGGCCAGCCCUAUCAAGUGCAUACGAGAUGCAGUGCGUUCGGCCAGGACCAUCAAGUGCAGAGGAGAGGCAGUGCGUUUGGCCAGGCCCAUCAAGUGCAGACGAGAGGUAGUGCGUUCGGCCAGGCCCAUCAAUUGCAUUCGAGAGGUUGUGCGUUCUUCCGUUCCCAUCAAGUGAAGACGAGAGGCAGUGUGUUCGGCCGGGCCCAUCAGGUGCAGUCAUGGGGCAGUGCGUUCGGCCGGGCGCAUCAAGUGCAGUCGUGUGGCAGUGCGUUCGGCCGGGCCCAUCAAAUACAGUCGUGGGGCAGUGCGUUCGAACGGGCACAUCAGGUACAGUCGUGGGGCAGUGCUGUCACUAAAGCCCAUCAAGGUGCAGUCGUGAGGCAGUGCGUUGUUCCAGGCCCACCAAGUGCAGACGAAAGGCAAUGCAUUGGGCCAGGCCCACCAAGUGCAGACGAGAGGCAGUGCUUUGGGCCAGGCCCACCAAGUGCAGACGAGAUUCAGUGCAAUCGGUCAGAACCACCAAGUGCAGACGAGAGGCAGUGCGUUCGGUCAGAACCACCAAGUGCAGACGAGAGGCAGUGCGUUCGGUCAGAACCACCAAGUGCAGACGAGAGGCAGUGCGUUCGGUCAGAACCACCAAGUGCAGACGAGAGGCAGUGCGUUCGGUCAGAACCACCAAGUGCAGACGAGAGGCAGUGCGUUCGGUCAGAACCACCAAGUGCAGACGAGAGGCAGUGCAUUCGGCCAAGCACAUCAAGUGCAGACGUGAGGCAGUGCGUUCGGCCAAGCACAUCGAGUGCAGACGAGAGGCAGUGCGUUCGGCCGGGCCCAUCGAGUGCAGACGAGAGGCAGUGCGUUCGGCCAGGCCCAUCGAGUGCAGACGUGAGGUAG